AUGAUUUUGCUACUCAUCCAUCUGAUUAACUACACUGAAGCCAAGAGACGUAUAAGAUGGGAUUGCUUUGAUUGCCAGAUGGGCCCUCAGUAUGCAGAUCAAAUGAAAUGCAAUGUUGGAGGCUCAAGGCGUUCCCUCUUAAAUGUGGAACUUAAUUUGCUGGAGGAACUGGACGCCAUUAAAGUUUAUGUCAAAAUUUCGACCAGAUUCAAGCCAGCAAUUACGUAUCGCAAGUUCUUUGACAUUACCUUUAAUGGGUGUCGCGUAAUAACCGAUAUGGUUCAGGGCACAAUGGUUUCGAAUAUGUUCAACGCAAUCGUCAAAUCGAGCAAUCAACCCCGAAAGUGUCCCAUAAAAAAGGGCGUUAUUUACUACCAUAACAUAAGUAUCGAAGAUGCUUUACCAAUGUUUGUGCCCUCCACCCAACUUCACGUCCAAGCUGACUUUUACUCUCGCCGGAAAUUGUACUUAAACGUUAGUGUAGUAGGAGAAAUAUUAGACAAAUAA